UUCCUCUGAGUACUCAUGGAUAUAAUGGUUUAAAUAGACAGAGUGACAAAGACAUAGCUAGAACAUGAAAAACAAAUACUCCACCACAAAGUUGUUGAAAUAGUGGCUUUUGGGUAAUUGCAUGCAUGUGAGACAGACAGAGAGAGAGAGAGAGAGAGAGAGAUAGAUAGAAAAAAGCAGCGAGAGAUUUGGGUGGGGUGUGGACUCGAGGAAAAGAGGGAGGGAAGUGGGUAGAGGUGUGGUUGUGAGUGUUUGUGCGUUCCUUGGCGGCGAGGGCUGAGUCUGACAUUUGGAAAGUAGAGAGCAGAAGGAAUUGGGCUUCAACAGAAAGGCUACCAUCAAAAAUCAUCAUGUUGGUUCUUCUAGCCGGAAUCUUCCUCCUCCACCUCACCAGCAUCAUCCUCCUCCUAGUGGCAACUAUAGACAAUGCCUGGUGGAUGACAAAAACCGUGUCCACUGAUGUGUGGGCCAGGUGGAUACUGGCCAAUGUAACCUGGAGCUCCAACGAUCUCCCCGGCAACUACCCUCAUGAAUACCUCCAGGCAGUGCAGGCUAGCUCCAUUCUGGCCUGCAUAUUCUCUUCCCUUGGCCUGUUUGUGUUUGUGGGACAGCUCUUCACUCUGUCAAAGGGACAGAGAUUCACCUUCUCUGGCAUCUUCCAGCUCCUAGCCUGCCUGUGUAUCAUGAUCGCUGCCUCCAUCUACACAGACAUCUUUCACAAGAAUGAAUCGGAUGGUUGGUAUGGCCACUCCUUCAUUCUGGCCUGGAUCUCCUUUGCGUUCACCUUCAUCUCCAGUAUAAUCUACUUUGUCCUGCGAAAGAAGACAGCAAACUAGAAGCAGAAGACUUGCCCAAACCCAAGGAACAGGCUCAAUAUCUUACAAUCUGAUUGUUUUUUGUACAAUUAGGUAUGGAUAUGAGUGUGGGAUACAAAAGGGUUAAAGUUGUUAUCCACAGAUUUUCAUCCAUGUAUCUCUUUUGGUUCCCACUGAAGUCUAAACAUAUUGGAUUUACAUAGUAAUAACCUACCUGUCCUGCCCACAUAGUUAUAACUUACCUGUCCUCCCCACAUAGUAGUAAUCUACCUGUCCUGCCCUCAUAGUGGGGCGGCAGGUAGCCUAGUGGUUAGAGCGUUGGACUAGUAACUGAAAGGUUGCAAGAUCAAAUCUCAGAGCUGACAAGGUAAAAAUCUGUCAUUCUGCCCCUGAACAAGGCAGUUAACCCACUAGGCCGUCAUUGAAAAUAAGAAUAUGUUCUUAACUGACUUGCCUAGUUAAAUAAAGGUUAACAUUUUUUUGUAAUAACCUACCUGUCCUGCCCACAUAGCAGUAACUUACCUGUCCUGCCCACAUAGCUAUAACUUACCUGUCCUGCCCACAUAGCUAUAACUUACCUGUCCUGCCCACAUAUUACUAAGUCCAUGUUUAGUGGGCUCAUGGGCUCUUUAAUAUAAAGUGGGACAACAUUUUCAAAGUUAAUGAAACUUCUACAGCCCUCAUAUAUUCGUUGGAGAAGGUAUAGGGGAGUCAGAGAGUAUAGACCGACAGUAUCUCAUUAUUUCAGAAUCAUAGUCCUGCUUACAUUUGAUUUAUUUCUCAAUUAGGUUCAGAAUAAAACAAGGCCAAAACACUCAAAACCAAAUAGAAGGAUGAAUUGACUAGUGCCGCAAACAGAAUCCAAUUUCGGAAACUGUCAACGAUCAUUACCCCGUUUGACUUACAGCCCUGUGCUGAAUAAGACAAAGAAUAUCAUGUAUUUGCCAAUGUCCAUACAUGGAAUGGAAUAUUAGUACUAACCUCACUGCUAACUGGACCCCUCCCAUUUUUAGUUAUGUAAUUAUUUUAUGCUUUGUACCAUUAGUCUUAUUGUGUAGGUUAACUUCCGUUUGUCUGAAUCAACCUAUCCCCCAGACACACCCAUGGACUGACAGACACACCCAUGGACUGACAGACAAACAGACGGAUAGAUCUUGAGUGCCUUAAUCUGACAGAGCAUAUUUGCUCGCUGCACAUUGAGAUAUGUGUAAAUAUGAACAUGCUUGGUUUCACAUUAUGCUUUAUGUCUAAUGCAAUUUUAUUUUUGUUACUAUUUCUUAUCAGUAUGAUAAUGAUAAUAAUUUGUAUUAAAACUUGAUUUAAAUCAAA